GGCUCAGCUCUGUUGGUAGAGCAUGGGACUCUUGAUCUUGGGGUUGUGAGUUCGAACCCCACGUUGGGUGUAGAGAUUACUUUAAAAAUAAAAUGUAAAAAAAUCAGCUAUAGUCUCUGCCCCAGAUAAAAAGGAAGAGACAGUAUUAAACACUUUAGACAUGCAGCGUGCUUUUUAUUUUGACACUUAACCUCAUAAAUCUGUUGCCAGAAUGGCUCUGUUUCUCUAAUGGGGGAACUGGAGCCUCAGAGAGAUGAAAUCACAUGGCUGGUGAUGAAUGAAUUUGGACACAAGUCUUUCUGACUCUGAAACUACACACAGUUGAGUUAGUGCCAAGUAUUUUGGUGGCUAGAUGAGUACUAAGACAGUUCAGAAAGAAUAAAAUUUUAUAAGGUACGAGUAGAGAUUUUGUGAGGGGAAUUUAGUUUGACCUUGGGUAGGAAGGAAAGACUUGGAAUUAGGAAUCCAUUUUUAUCAUCAAAAUGCCCUCAUCUGGGAGACCUCAAUACACAUUUGAGUUUGGGAGAGUUGCCAAGCCCCAUGUUUAAGGUUUGGGUUAGAAUUCUGGAGUUCCUAGUUUUACAUUGAGACACCAGACUUUAAAGUUCGUAAAGGUACGGGGCACCUGGCUGGCUCAGUUGGUAGAGCAUGUGGCUCUUGAUCUUGUGGUUGUGAAUUUGAAUCCUGCACUGGGUGUAGAGAUUACUUAAAUCUUUUUAAAAAGAUAAUAAUAAAGUUUGCAAAGGUGAUUUAGGAAUGUUUGCUACACCCCAUAUAGGUGUAUAUCUUUGCCUAGAAUGGGGCUAUAACUCGGAUUUGUUUUACUGAUACCGCAUUUUCUUCCCUCCCUACAAUUACGUUGUGGUAGGAAUUUGAGGUAGGGCAUCUUCAGGAAGAUGUGGACAUAGUUUUAUCCCUUCAACUUCAAGGUUGCAUCAAGUGGUUACUGAAUGACUGGAAAACCUAACCUCUGUCUGACUCAGCCUGGAAACUCCAGGCUUUGAUAAAAUGCUCAUUCUUUUACACAGUGUCCUUUAGGGGUAACCCUCUCGGGUCCCCUCCCUUCUCAGGAACUUUGUACUAUCACUUUGUAAUAACUCAAUAAACCUUGGUUUGCUGCCUACCAAAUUUUAUUAUUAUAAUAAUAAUAAAAAUAAACAAUGUCCUUUAGUUUGGGAAAUAACUCCUAACUAAAAGUAAUGAAAUAUUUGUAAGAAGAAAGGAAACGAUGAGGCUCAGGGAGAUUUUACAGGCCUGGGGGGUAGCUAGAGAGAAGAUGGCAGAUAUGAGAAAAACAUGUUCUAUUUAAAUUUCAGCUAGAAAACUUGGUAAAUGUUUGGCGCAGAGAAAAACUAGGUUUGUAGCCUGAAAUAAUCAUAUAAUAGUCCUGACAGGCUCUUUCUGCCUCAUUCCCCUUGAAAGGAGGAAAUUGAAAUUCAUACUUAUUCAAAAUAAUUGAUUCGCCAUCUUAAAGAGGUUUUUAAGAAGUCUUAAUUCUGGAUAGCCAGCUUCAGUAACAUAGUUUGCCGGCUGUUGGUUACUUGAACAUUCCCAAAAUAAAGGUAAAUGAAAAUAAGAUUGACUGUUUUUAGGUAGCAGUGGUCUUUCCUGAAAUUCUAUUAACUGUUUUUCCUGAAUUCAGAUAGGUCUGUUUAUCUAGGAGAGAUUAUUACUGUGUCAGUCUGUGUGUAUGUACACAUAUAUGUGUUGUACAGGUGCUUCCCUUCUCCCCGACCCUUUUAGAGUUGAUGGCUUUGUCCCUGAUUGUUCAGUAUAAUAGUUUGCAGAUUCACUAAGAGAGCCUGUGUAGUAAUGCUUGCUUUAUUUUUUUUUUCUCUUUCACUCUUGUUUUAUUUUUACUUUUUUUUCUUUGUGAUGUGACAUUUUCAGCUGAUGUAUUGAAAGCAAAUCCUUCUAAUUUGGGAGCCCAGAUCACAAGAAGAUUGAAAGAUCUUAAGCAGAGAGAGUUUGCUCGAAAUGUCUCUUCAAGAUCCCGUAAAGAUGAGAAGAAACAGGAAAAAGCCCUUCGGCGGCUCCAUGAAUUGGCAGAACAAAGGAAACAAGCUGAAUGUGCACCUGGAAGUGGUCCCAUGUUCAGACCAACCACGGUGGCUGUAGAUGAAGAAGGUGGAGAGGAUGAUAAAGAUGAAUCAGCUACAAACAGUGGCACAAGUGCUGCUGCCACUUGUGGCCUGGGAUCUGAAUUCUCCACAGAUAAAGGAGGCCCUUUCACUGCAGUACAAAUCACUAAUACCACUGGACUGGCACAGGCCCCUGGGUUAGCCUCCCAAGGCAUCAGCUUUGGCAUCAAGAAUAAUUUAGGGACUCCACUACAAAAAUUGGGAGUGUCAUUUUCCUUUGCCAAGAAGGCUCCUGUCAAACUCGAAUCAAUAGCAUCAGUUUUCAAGGACCAUGCAGAGGAAGGGACUUCUGAAGAUGGAACAAAAGCUGAUGAGAAGGGUUCUGACCAAGGACUGCAGAAGAUGGGAGACUCUGACGGUAACAGUAAUCUUGAUGGUAAAAAAGAAGAUGAAGACCCUCAGGAUGGAGGGUCCCUUGCCUCGACGUUAUCUAAGUUAAAAAGAAUGAAGCGAGAAGAAGGAGCUGGGGCUGCAGAGCCAGAGUAUUACCACUACAUUCCCCCAGCACACUGCAAAGUAAAACCAAAUUUCCCCUUCCUACUCUUUAUGAGAGCCAGUGAACAAAUGGAAGGUGAUAAUAGUAUACACCCAAAGAAUGCCCUAGAGAGCAAAAAAAGCAGUUCUCCCAAGCCUAAAGGCUGUAUCAAGGUCGCAGCAAGCCAAGGAGCAGAGAAGACAGUUGAUGAAGUCCCCGAGCAACAGACGGCAACCAGCAUCACAGAGCCCUCAGAGCCUGGAAGCAAAGCUGAGACAAAAAAGGCCUCGGGAGGGGAUGUAAGUGAGCAGAAUGUAGAGAGUCCAAGUCAGAAGGGUUCAGAGAACCAAAUAUGCGAGUCGAACCCUUCUAAAGAAACCUGUCAGAUCAUCGCAGCAGGGAAAGAAAGCCAGGAGGGACCCAAACAUCCUACUGGUCCCUUCUUUCCGGUUUUGAGCAAAGAUGAAAGCACUGCCCUCCAGUGGCCAUCAGAACUCUUAAUUUUUACCAAGGCAGAACCCUCCAUUUCAUACAGUUGUAACCCUUUAUACUUUGACUUUAAACUUUCAAGGAACAAAGAUGCCAGAACUAAAGGGACAGAAAAACCAAAGGAUGCAGGAGGCUCCUCAAAGGACCAUCUCCAAGGCCUUGAUGCUGGUGAGCCAAAUAAAACCAAGGAGGGGGGAGAGAAUGUAGAACAUUCCUCGGGAGGCAGAAUGGAUGCACCUGCUUCAGGGUCUGGCUGUAGCAGUCUGAAUAAGCAGGAACCUGGGGGAAGCCAUGGGUCAGAGACAGAGGACACAGGGAGGAGCCUUCCUAGCAAGAAAGAACGGUCUGGGAAGUCCCACCGACACAAAAAGAAAAAGAAGCACAAAAAGUCAAGCAAACACAAACGGAAACACAAGCCUGACCCAGAAGAGAAAAGCUCUAAGACAGAGUCUGGGGAAAAGUCUAAGAAGCGCAAGAAACGAAAACGAAAGAAGAAUAAGUCAUCAGCUCCGGCAGAUUCUGAACGGGGACCCAAACCAGAACCCCCUGGGAGUGGUAGCCCUGCACCGCCCAGACGACGGCGGCGAGCUCAAGACGCUUCCCAGCGGAGGCCCCUCCCAGCUGAAGAGGGGGGCAGUGGCAAAAAGGAUGAAGGUGGGGGUGGUGGCGACUCGCAGGAUCACGGUGGCCGGAAACACAGAGGUGAGCCUCUGACUGCAUCCUGCCAGCGAAGAGCUAGCGCCAAACGGAGCUGCCGGUCCGGCCACCGGAGUCGCCCCAGUAGUGGAGAUGAGGACAGUGAUGACGCUUCAUCGCACCGGCUACACCAAAAGUCUCCAUCCCAGUACAGCGAGGAGGAGGAAGAGGAGGAAGACUCAGGCAGUGAGCAUUCCCGUAGCCGCUCCCGGUCGGGCCGACACCAUUCCUCACACCGUUCUUCCCGGCGUUCUUACUCAAGUAGCUCAGAUGCUUCUUCAGACCAGAGCUGCUACAGUAGACAGCGCAGCUACUCUGAUGACAGCUACAGCGACUAUAGUGACCGAUCUCGAAGGCACUCCAAGCGCUCCCAUGACUCUGACGACUCCGACUACGCCAGCUCCAAGCACCGGUCCAAACGGCACAAAUACUCCUCUUCCGAUGAUGACUACAGCCUCAGUUGCAGCCCGUCCCGGAGCCGCUCUCGGAGUCACACCAGGGAGCGCUCGCGGUCCCGGGGCCGCAGCCGCAGCAGCAGCUGUAGCCGCAGCCGGAGCAAGCGGAGAAGCCGCAGCACCACGGCCCACAGCUGGCAGCGGAGCCGAAGCUACAGCCGUGACCGCAGCCGCAGCACCAGGAGCCCUUCCCAGAGAUCGGGUUCCAGGAAGGGGUCAUGGGGUCACGAAAGCCCCGAGGAAAGACGUUCUGGUCGUCGAGACUUCAUCCGCUCUAAAAUCUACCGCUCCCAGUCUCCCCACUAUUUUCGAUCAGGCCGGGGAGAAGGUCCCGGGAAGAAAGAAGAUGGCAGAGGAGACGAUGGCAAAGGGACAGGCCCACCGUCCCAGAACAGCAGUGUUGGUGCAGGAAGGGGGUUAGAAGGUGACUGUAGCCCCGAAGACAAGAACUCUGUCACUGCCAAGCUGCUGCUGGAGAAGAUCCAGUCAAGGAAAGUAGAGAGGAAACCUAGUGUGAGCGAGGAGGUGCUGGCCACCCCUAAUAAAGCCGGGCUCAAACUCAAGGACCCCCCACAAGGUUACUUUGGGCCCAAGCUCCCCCCGUCUCUUGGCAAUAAGCCUGUCCUUCCACUGAUAGGGAAGCUCCCAGCUACCCGAAAGCCCAACACCAAGAAAUGUGAAGAGUCUGGCUUAGAAAGAGGGGAAGAGCAAGAACAGUCAGAGACAGAAGAAGGGCCUCCAGGGGGUAGCGAUGCCCCAUUUGGACAUCAGUUCCCUUCAGAGGAAACAUCUGGCCCCUUAUCAGACCCACCCCCAGAAGAGCCAAAGUCUGAGGAAGCUACUGCUGAUCACCCUGUGGCUCCACUAGGCACCCCAGUGCACUCGGACUGCUAUUCCGGGGACCCCACCAUCUCCCAUAACUACCUCCCUGACCCCAGCGACGGGGACACCCUAGAGUCCUUGGAUAGUGGCAGUCAGCCAGGCCCUGUGGAAUCCAGCUUGCUGCCUAUAGCGCCAGACCUUGAGCACUUCCCCAGUUAUGCACCUCCCAGUGGGGAUCCUAGUAUUGAGUCGGCUGAUGGGGCUGAGGAUGCUUCUCUGGCCCCACUGGAGAGCCAGCCCAUCACUUUCACCCCCGAGGAGAUGGAGAAGUACAGCAAGCUCCAGCAAGCCGCACAGCAGCACAUCCAGCAGCAGCUUCUGGCUAAGCAAGUGAAGGCCUUCCCCGCCUCGGCUGCCCUGGCCCCAGCCACUCCGGCCCUGCAGCCCAUCCACAUCCAGCAGCCAGCCACAGCCUCUGCCACCUCCAUCACGACUGUCCAGCAUGCCAUCCUGCAGCAUCACGCGGCGGCAGCUGCUGCUGCCAUUGGAAUCCACCCCCACCCGCAUCCCCAGCCACUUGCCCAAGUACAUCAUAUUCCCCAGCCCCACCUAACCCCCAUUUCCUUGUCCCACCUCACUCACUCAAUCAUCCCUGGUCACCCUGCCACCUUUCUCACUAGCCAUCCCAUCCAUAUCAUUCCCGCCUCAGCCAUUCAUCCUGGGCCCUUCACCUUCCAUCCUGUCCCGCAUGCCGCCCUCUACCCUACCCUGCUUGCUCCACGGCCUGCUGCGGCAGCUGCCACCGCCCUCCAUCUUCACCCACUACUUCACCCCAUCUUCUCAGGUCAGGACCUGCAGCACCCGCCUAGCCAUGGCACAUGAGUUGUGGGAUGGGAGCCCAGGUAGGGCCAGGGAAGGUGACCCACGUAUCUUCCCUCGGGGGUGUUGAGCCAUUAAUACCAGCAAGUACCAGCUGGGAUGGGCAGUGUCUGACAGCCAAAGAAUCAAGUUUUGGCUUGCAGGGGUGGUUUUAGAUUUGAGGUUUGCUUUGGGUUUUACUAUCAGGGAUUUUUUUCCCCCUUCCCCCUUUCUGUUUGUCCCUUCCUCUCCUGUGUUUCCAAGCUAGGGAACACCAGUAAGUGCUCCUAACCCCUCUGCGGCAACAUCUCCAAACUGAAGUUUGGAUACUCUUCCCUCUACUUUUUAUCCUCUGCUCUUCCCUUCUAUAAAUUUUUAAACAUUCUCUUCCUCUCUGGCCGGCAGUUUGUCCAUCUGGUCCUGCCCACUCAGUGUCUUUGACCAUCCCUUGGUGACCUUGUGCUAUCCCGGGUGAGGUGGAAAGGGAGUCUGACCUGGAACCAGAUGCUACUCAGGCUGUUAUUCAAUCCACUUCCCACACAGAGAGCCACACUUUUGGCCCUGUUGUCCUCAUGUCCCUCAUCCCAGAAGAGAUACCUGCAUAUCCCAGAAAAAGAAGAUCCUAUCAUGAAUAGAAGCUGUGCGAAACAAAGUCGCCCGUGUGCUUCCCCAGAGAGGAGCUCAUGUGUCUGAAGGGUGUAUUUUCUUCUGUCAUGUUGAUGUUUCCUUCUUAAUUUAUAGGAUUUUUUUUAAAUGUAAAAAAUUGCACUGAACUCUAUAAACGUAAAUGCUGCUUUUUGUAGCUCAUAUUAAAAAAGGUUCCAUAUUUGUAGUAUACUGCAAUAAUAUUUUUUACAUCCAGCUCUUUAAGUGAUCCUUGUUCUGGUGGCUUUGUGUAAAUAUGUUUGCCCUAGUUGAAUUAAGAAACUUUAAAGGUUAUAAAAUGAAAACAAAAAAUAAAGUAUCUGUUUUCUGCUAGAUGCAAAAAUGACUAAGCAUGUAUAUUUUAUCAAGCUCAUGUAUUUUUUGAAGUUAUGAACUAUAAAAAUGUUAAAACAAAAAGAACAUUGUUUAACAUCUUUUGCUGGGAUGAAAUGUUUAGUUAAUUUGCAGUAAGUGGUGCCCCCAGCACUGGGAUUUUUGAACUAAUGGGCAGCAGCCAGCUGGGGGUGUCAGAGGGAUCCUCAGUUAGGACAUCUCCCUCGUGCUUUGCAGUUUUGUACAGAGAAACAGGAAGACCUACAGAGGAGGAAGGAGAGAUUCGAGGGCUUUACUCUCCGGAAGCAGUGAGAUUCAGAGUGAUUGUCCAGGGGGCGGUUUCCUGGGUUUCCUGGGUGCCUUGCUCCAGGCAGUCUGUUUGCCUUCCUAGUACUUAGCCCCCUCUGACAAUUUUUUUUUUUUUUAAUGUGCCUUUUGGGUUGGCUAGAAACUGAAGUAGAAGUAGACUUAAGGACGAUAGAGUUGAGAUAGUUUCUUCCUUCUCAUGUGGGGAGGCGAGCACAUUUAUAGAUACUGCAGAUUCUUUUGCUUCACAGUUUCCAUGCCUUCUGCCCAGCCUAGCUGAAGCAGUGAAGAUUUUUUUUUUUUCCUUCCAUGACACCUACCAGAGGAAGUACCACCUCAGUUCCUCUUCCUCCUCUUGCCUUUCACCUGGGCUCUCAGACCUAACACACCGACCCGUUUAUAUUGCGGGUCUCAUCUUCGGCGCAGUUAGCAGUUCCCUCCGUAUUCCUGUGGCUAGAAUUAGUUGGGUGGUCACUGGACAGGAAGAAGUAAACCCUGCUUACUUGGCCCGAGGCUCUGUGUUCUGCCUUUCUUCUCAGAUUCCCAAAAGAAAAAAGUUUUUGAGUUUAUGAGAAGCAAGUGCUGGGCAAACAAGGCUCAUGACUGAGCCUCCUGCCUAUGCAGGCUCCUCAUCCGAUCAGAAGCCUCACUCUUGAUAACUAGCACUGGAAAGAUGAAAUCACCUGUUCGAAGUGAAGGGACUCAUUUUUCUUUGCUUUCAGCCCAUGUAAAUAUUUAAAUACUACAGUAUUAACACUUUCGUGCUGCUUCCCAUUAGCUUGUAGAUGGAGCCAUACUCUGGCUGCCUCUCUCCCUUCCAGGGGGCAGUUUUCUGUAACUUUGAGAACAGUGAUUUUAAAACUUUAAAAAAAAAAAAAAAGAAAGAAAAAAUAACCUAUCCUUACUUACAAGCAUUACAGAUUGUAUUUAACUUUAUCACAUAUGAUAGAGAUAUAUAUGCUGUAAAAUUAGGGAAAGGAACUUUCUAAUAAACCAAUGAUUUGUGGAAACGUG